AUGUCAGAGCGCAAGGUUCUGCAGAAAUACUACCCGCCCGACUUUGAUCCGUCCGUGGUAAAGCGGCGAAAAACUGGUGGCGGACGUCAAAAGACGGUGCGUCUGAUGGCGCCAUUCAGCAUGCGAUGCAAUACAUGCGGUGAAUAUAUUUAUCGCGGCAAAAAAUUUAAUGCGCGCAAAGAGACCGUGAAUGACGACGACUACUAUGGAAUUACGAUCUACCGGUUUUACAUCAAGUGCUCACAUUGCAGCUCAGAAAUUACGUUCAAGACAGACCCACGGAAUGCUGAUUAUGCAGCUGAGCAUGGUGCCUCGCGCAACUUUGAGCCAUGGCGUGAGAAGGAAGAGGACAAGGAGCCCGAGCCUGACUCUGACGAAGAAAAGGAAGAAAGUGAAGGCGAGAUCGACCCGAUGAAGGCACUGGAACAGCGCAUGGAAGAAUCUCAGCGUGAGAUGGAGGUGAUGGACGCCUUGCAGGACAUUCGCACACGCAAUGCUCGCUUUGAGCGUAUGGAUACCAAUACCGUGCUGGACACCAUUGCUGAGAAUAAGCGCAAAGCCGAGCCAGCAAGCGAACAUGCCGAGCCCGAGGAAACCAAAGAAGAGGAGGCGCUCGUCCGCAAGUACUUUUCCAAAAACGAGGAUCCCGAUGCGUCAGCCGUCCCAGAUACGUCGCAUCUCCUAAGCGAUCGUGCUCGCGAACAAAUACGAGCACUAGCUACGCCCACAAACAUACCAAGGCCCGCAGCGAAACGCAAGCGAGGUCCAAAUGCGCUGGGUAUUGUACGGAAAACAUAA